CAUAGAAGCUGCAUCGUUAACAUAAAUGCAAGGCACAUUCUUCCCACCCUACAAAAUCCGUUACGACAAAGAUUCCCAUUUACUUAGUUGAUUUACUGCUCUGAUGCAAGUACUUUGUUAUCCUUUAGAGCAAUCUUGUCCCUAAAAUCUUGGAGUGCUUAAUAUGGAUUCCUUUAGUGUCGUCGUUAGAAUUAUUGGUACCAUACGACUCACUAGCGAUAUUGUAACAUGUCUACACGAUGCGAAAGGCUUACCAAUGGAUCAUACGCAGUGUGAAAUCGAACUAUCACACGUCUCUAAUCUUCUCUCGGCCCUAAACUACCACAUUCAUGAACAAGCGUCUUCAAAUGAGCCGUGGAAUUUGCAGGUGAAGGCUCUUGUUGAUGGACCUGUAGAUCAGUACACGUCUACACUUCAGCAGUUGAAGUUAAAAUUAACAUCGACUACCUGGGAAUCUAGUAAAGAAGAGGUUUCUAGCGUACUGUCAAAAGUUAAGCAACUGAAAUUACUCAUCGAAAUCGCGCUUCAGAAGGAUCAUCUCGAAUUAUCUCAAGCUCUUAAAAACGACACUGCUAUAAUCUCAACCACGCCACACGAUAAAGCGACUAAGAAGGUUGAAGGUAGUGAUCCUAGCAUUCCUGCGCCGGCGACUGUAAUGUCCCAGGAUAGGGGCUAUCCUUAUGUCAAGGAAUUAGACGAUAUAGAGCAACUAAAGGACUUCCUCAGACGGGGUAAAAAUUUCUUUCGAAGGUUACUACGACCGCCUAUUCCGAAAGGAUCUCAACGGGUCGAAUGGAUAUGCGGGUGCGGUGACUUGCUUUAUAUGGAUUUCAACAGUAACUCUACAAGCCUUCUAACAAUAAGUGCGCUAUUCUUCUCCUCAUUAGAAGAUUCACAGCUGUCAAGAGUCUCUGAUAUACCUAAUCGAUCUUUACUCAGAGCCAUAAGCAUGCCAAUGCUAGUCCAUUCGAUAGGGAAUAUUUCUCAAAAUUCUACCACUCAAUUAGGCCCGGCUCCAAGACUACAUUCUUCCAGCCCUACUCAAACUCAAAUCGGGACCAACUCCACUACUAGUGCCGUGCCUACAGAAUCAAGCUACAAAUUUUUGGAGCUUUGUGUUAACUCGGGCAAAUUGUUGAAGACUCUCGGGGAGAUUGACGUAAGUUCAAUUAACACCGACGGCGAAUUUUUCGGCGUAGUCAAAUCGCAUUAUCUUCGACUUCGAAGCUUCCGCGCCCGGUUUUGGCUCCUGAAACCUGUUAAUGUCUCUUAUGUUCGAGUAAAUUUACCAUUCCACUCCUAUCCCUUACCUUGAUGGGAACUAAGCGAACGAAACAGUUCUCAGUAGAAG